CCUUCCCCUGCAUGGUGUGUUUAGUGAGUGAGUGUGUUUGUGUAACGUGUCAGCCAUAUUGAAAAAUGGAAGAAGCGGACUACCUUUGUGAUCACUCCACCAACAAAAUGCUCAUUGUUGAGAGGGAGAAGGAGCUAAAGGCCAAACAAGAUGAGCUGGACAACUUCAGGGGGAAGUACAACAGGGAGAGGGAGGAGAAGAAGAAACUGCAGGAGGACUAUGAUCGUCUGCUGUCCAGCCAAGGGGACGCCAGUCAGAGACUCGUCCUGGCUAAUGAGUCUCUGGACAAGUUGCGUCUGGAAUCCAAGAAGAAGAAUGAUCAGCUGGAGAAGCAACAGCGUGCCAUGAAUGUCAUGGAGGACAGGAUGCGCAACCUGGAAAUACGAGCAUCUGAAGUGGAGAAGGCGGAGUUGACUCUCGAGUCCACGAAGAAGAACCUGGAGGUGACAGUAGCUGAAAGUCGAUCUAAGGAUACAGAAAUUAGGAAAAUGGUUUCCCAGUGUGAAGAAAAAGACAUGAAACUACAUGCAGCCAAUGAGAAGAUAUCAACUCUGGAGAAGAAGAUGAACGACCUCAAGCUGCAGGUCCGCCACGAACUCAUGAAGAACGAGAACAUAGAGAAGGGCCUUGAGACAAUUCCUCGUCUGAAAGAAGAAAUUGUGGAUCGUGACAAGCGGAUCAAGAAGUUGAUAAAGGAGGCAAGGGGUGGGGUGGAGGAGAAAACUGCCUUGAUGACGGCAGCCAGGAAAGCUGUCCGAGACUACAAGGAUAAACUCAGGGAUGCUGACAAGAAGCUGGAUGCGUCCAAGGACCUUGACCUGGAACUGCAGCUGGCCCGCUGUGAAGUGGCCACUCUCAAGAAACUCAUGUCCGGCAAGGAUUCCUUGGUCCUACAGAAGUGUCAGGCUCUGGACCUAGCCAAGGAGGUAAUUGACUCACUGAACACAUCCGCAGUGGACCCUGAGAAGCUGGGCAGGAUACAGAAGGUGCUUGAGAGGCUGUGCAACCCAGCAGAUCCCCUCAAGGAGGAGGACAUAUUCAAGGAGGGGGGACACCAGAAUGACUCCAACAAGGAGAACAUGAUCAACGUGAACAUCAACCCAUACUCCAUGGACAACGGCCAUGCAGAUCACUCCCAGCGGGCUUCCCCAUUCCCAGACCGACCAAGACACCAUCGAAACAACAUGCCCACCCGGCCAAAAACAGCCCAGGUUAGACGGAGUGCUUCCUUCCAUGAUCCAAGUUUCCAUCUCCCAAGUUCAAGGUCAACAUCUUUCCGAUCAUCUGCGAACACAGAAGCCAAGUGUAAUGGACACAUGUACAAAUCAGAAACUCGCACUGGUUACAAAUUCCAGCCAUCCCUUGAAUACAGUAUAGGAGUGUCGGAAUCCAAGAGGAAGCAGACGCGACCGUAUUCGGCCAUGAUGGGUUCACCCACGGAAGACUCCGACAGUGACACGGGAUGGAGUGUUCCGGACAAUGCGGAGCUGUUGCAGAGACUGAGUCACGAGCAGAGGGUGGCUCUGUCCAACAUGACGGCAGCCGACAAGGACAAGCUGUUGAUGGAGGUCAUCAACAUCGGGGACCGAGUGUCCAUCAGUGUACCUCAGAAGGCUCCCCGGUACGGCAGGAAGAAAGUGAAGCCGAUCGUGUACACAGGUAUGGUCAAGUAUCGCGGCAACCUGGACAAGGAGUACUAUGAUGCUCGGAUGUAUGCUGGACUCAAGCUGGACGAACCCAUUGGUGAUUCUGACGGAACCCACAAGGGGAAGCGGUACAUGUUUACUCCAGCAGAACACGGCAAGUUCGUCAAGAUGAGAGACAUCACAUUAAUUCUCAAUGUACAGUCUGGUCACUACAUGCCUCUGGCCCAGAUGCUUCUCCUUCACCUGGUCAGGAAAGCUCAGGAAGGCGGGGACACCGAGUCCAGCCACAGUCUGAACAGUUCCUAGGCAAAACCAAACACCCGAAGUCUUCAAGGAUGCCAGGAACCGAGGAGUAGUGGGACUGAAGAGGCGUCUGCCCAGGAAACAUCUCUCUGAAUGUAAUAUAGGACGACUGAUUGCUCGGUGUGUGACGUCUGCUCAGGGCAACAGAUCUCUGGACGUAAUACAGGACUACUGAUCUGUGUGUGCAAGGUCUGUGCAGGACAACAGAUUUCUAAAUAUAACAUCUGUGAAGACCAUUGAUCUAUGCGUGAUGCAGUCAGAACUACUGAUCUAUAUGUGUGAGGUCUGUGCAAGACAACGGAUCUCUGACGUAACAUCUGUGAAGGCCAUCGAUGUGUGUGUGACAUCUGUCAGAACUACUGACCUCUGUUUGCGAGGCCUUUGCAAGACAACAGAUCUCUGACAUAACAUCUGUGAAGAACAUUGAUCUGUAACAUGUCAGAUCUACUGAUCUUUGUGUCAUGUCUGCAUAUCCAUCCAUUGAAGCUGUGAUACAUGUGAAUUUUAUUGGAUACCUCAAUCACAUAGAACAUGACAAGUGGUAAACUGUUACGUCUAGUGCUUACUUGGUAGUUGAUAUAUCUAAUAUAUAAGUCCAACAUGACCGAUUUCUCAAGACUCCAUUUCUGUGAUGUAUUCAUUGUCCGGUGCUCUCUCGCCCAGACCUUGGCGCCAUCUUGGAUUACUUGUCAGUGUUAAAUGUUUCCCUGUGACGUGAGUGUAAUGUGGGAACAAAGUCCCAAGUGAAGAAAGUCUGAGACUACUGUAGUGAAACCCUGAGGGUUAUUUGCUGCCAAACCAAAAUCAUGGAGGAUGACUCUGGCAUCUAAUACCAAGAUUAUAGUUUCAGGCAUGCCUAAAGAAGCAAUAUGAAUGAUAUUUUAUUGGAGUCAACCGUCCAAGCCAUGUGAUAACUUCUGAGGGAUUUAAAUGGUACACAGGAUAUGAAUCAGCAUCAUGUAACCAUCAUGUGACUAUCAUGUGACCAUUAUGUGACUAUCAUGUGACCUUCAGUGGAAUGUUAUGACAUCACCUAAACUUGCUAUUUCAAUUUAGUUGUAAAAUUGUGAAAAGCUGGUGGAGAUUUCUUCAAUCCACCACCAGGAAUCUUCUUGUUAUAUUUACAUCAUAUUUACCUUUCAUGAGAUGGGAGUUCUGGUUUAGUGACAAGCUCAACAACCAAAAAGGAAUAGGUUACGGUAUUUAUUUUCCUGCUUUGACCUUUGUUGAAGUUACUUAUCAGAAGAAAUGUGAUAUUUUUUAAAUUCCAUCCAAAUGUAUACAUAUAUUUAUUAUACAUGUGGAGAUAUAUUAUUAUUAUUUAUUUAUAUAUACACAUUGAACAGACCAGUUGACAAAGUGAAAAUUAAGCUUAAAACAUCACUUAUCUGAAUUGAAUAUAUAUUUUUUCAAAGUGCUAUUAGGUACACUCCAUUGUAUAAUUAGUAGACAUUGUAAGACAUUUGCACUGGCAUUUAACACAGUAGAAUACUUCACAUCAUGCCAUGUUUGUUUCUUGUUUAAUACUGCACUCCAGAAUAAAGACAGCAGCCUGUAGGUAUUUAAGACGAUCUGGAGAUUCAGUUACUGAACAAACUGAAACAAUUACACAUAAUCUACUACGUGAAUCUACUGAGACUGACCCCUUGAUCCAUAAAGCCACCUUGUACAAUGAGGAUGGGAUUUUAUGGACCAUUUCGGAACCAAGAAUCCCCUUUACAGGGGGUAUGUGAGGAUAUGUAGAAUGAUGUGAAUGAGGGUCUAUG